UCGAGGGAGAGGGUGGCAACCGAAACUAAUCAAAAGGGCCGUCCAGCACCUGAACCAUCAAUCGGGUUUAUGAGUAAAGGCGAUCAAUCAGCCUGCAGUUAACCUUCGGAAGAAACGUGGAAGUGUAAUUCACCGUCAACGUUUUUUUUUGACUUAUUACCGGUGACAACAUGGCUGAAUGUAACAUUAGCAUCGACCAGAAAAAACUACCUGGAGUGAAAGAGGUGUGCAGAGACUUUGCUGUGCUGGAGGACCACUGCCUGGCCUAUAACCUACAGGAGCAAGAAAUUGAGAGCCACUUGGCGUCCAACGUCCAUAAGAGCCGUCUGGUGCAGAAGGACCUGCAGGUGGCCAAGAAGCUGCAGGAGGAGGAGGAUAAGAGGGCCAAGAUCCAGAGCCAGAAACAGCAUGUUGACAUUGAGCGCCAAGAUAAUGAGAUCGCUCAGGAGAUUCAGGAACAACUGGUCCGACAGGCAGAACAACAGCGACAGCAAGAAGAAAAGGAUGCGGCCAUAGCUCGUAAGCUGCAGGAGAAGGAGAUGAAAGACGAAAGGAAGAGACAGAAGCAGCUGGAAGCAAACUUUGAGGAGGAGUACUUUGAGGAUCAUGGAGGUCGUAUUGUGCACCGAGGGAGUGGAGCAGUAGUAGCAGAAACUGAGUAUGGGCUGAGCGAGGCCACCAAGGGGUUGACGAAGCUUGAUCUCCGAGAGCAGGAGCUAAAGGACAUGGAGGUGGCCAGGAAACUGCAAGAGGAGGAAAUCAAGGUGGGGAAGGAAGCUAAAAAGGCAAGCAAGGUGCAUAUACGUGCAGCCCAAGUGGCACAGGAUGAGGAAAUGGCCCGACUGCUGAUGGAACAAGAGAAGAAGGAGUACAGGAAGAAUCGAGAACGGGAGAAAGAGAAGGAACGAGAGAGGGAGAGGUUGGCCAUGGAGAAGAUGGCAAUGGAAAGGAGGAGGCCAGAGGGCGACAACAGGCCAAAUUCAGAGGAAGUCGUCCGGCCCAGAACACGAGAUGAGUAUGAAUACCAGAGGCAGAAGAACCAGAACAAGCCUGCCAGGCCUCCUCAGCCUCGUCCACACGACUAUGAGAAUGUGAACCCUGGCUUCGGCUACUCAGACAACCCUGUCCCCCCUCGUGCUCCCACAAGACCUGAGGCUGCUUACAAAGGUGCCUAUUACAAGCGGUGACUCAGGCUCUCUGCCAUGUCCAGACAUACUGUCAGUUCUCCUUCGUCCUCUUUUUUUUUUCUUUUUUUUUUUUUUAAUUCAUCUUUGCUUUCAGCCAUUCACACUCUGUUGACCAAAAGCCUUGGAACAAUCUAAUGAGUUGGCAAUGGUCUUAUCUUUUUUUAUAGUACCCUCCAAAGUUGGCCCAGGGUUAAGGAAGUGGGUCUGUGAGUGCUGGAACCACACUCAUCUUUUCCUUUUUUUAAUUUGUAAAUUGUGAUAAAUAUUAUUUCUUUUAACUGACUUGACAUCAAGACAAGCCAAAAGAGCAGCCUUGUGACAUAAACUCCCAUGGUUCUUAGCUGUUGAAACAGAGGAACUGGCUCCUCAUUUGCUGUGCUCAUCGUGUGCUGAUGUUCGUCCCAUCUGUGGACCAUGCCAUCACAAGGGCUCGAGGCCUCUGCUGGAUAUAACCAUGCAAUCUCAAAUUUCCUCAUGACUCCUCAUGGGACGUGCCUGUCUGGUCCAACAUGGAUGCUACAGUGUCUUAGAUACCAACAUGGCAGCUGCUUUGUAUCACCCGUGCUGCAGUUUUAUUUCUUGUCAUCCUGUUCAGCGAGGCUACGCAAGUCCUAUCCAUGUGCCACACAGCGUAUGACUCUGGAGGGAUACGUUUCUGUUCCUGUAUUCAAACAAAACAAAAAAUAAGCCUUUUAUCAAGAUGCUGGCAGUUUUGGCUUUGACAUGUUUACCACCUUGUUCCAGUGCAGAGGAGGUGGAGCUUUGUGAUGACCCAUGGACAUUUAAUUGGCUGUAGGCUAUGUCUUCUUCUGCUUGUGAGGGGCACUUUGUUUUUAACCCUGUCACCCUUCAACUGAAAGUGGAUGGAUGAUAUUCUGUGUAUGACUCACUGUUUCUAUGUGCAUGCUUACUGAAAGUGUACAACUGUGUACAUGCAUUUCAGCUCUAUAUCAAAUUAACUGGCUCCCUCUUCUUUUUUGUCAGAAAGGGCUAAAGCCACAAAAAGCCAAUAACCUUCUCUUUGUGAAUGAACAAAAUAUGUGCUAGCUCAUAUACUGCUGUUCAAUGUAUCACUUUUCUAUUUCAUGUCAGCUUGUCAUUUACAAACCAAAACUGGCUCAUAAAAGAACCAGAAAUGAAAUGCAUGUACAUUGCUGUGUCAAACCUGAAUUCAUGCUUGUGCUUAUGGCACAGACAUUGUGCAAUUGAAUAUCUGCUUGUUUUAUUUAAAUGUAAAUAUAUGUUGUUUUUUGUUUUUGUUUUUGUUUUUUUUAAGCUUGUGUUACCAAAUUAUGUCUUGUGGAAAAUACAAGAUUUUCACUUCAGUCCUAAUAUCUUGUGUCCCACUAGUUAUUGUUCAGAAAGGGAGCCUUAUAUUUUAUUUUUACACAGAAUCUUGUUGGUCUUUCCUCAGAUUGUUCCCAUACUUUCUAUACCCCCUAAACUUUCCCACUGUCUGUUCCAAUCCUCUUCUCUUUGUUUCAAACUCAAAGGCAGACAUCACUUCCUGCCUGCAGAAAAGGCAAACGUUCCCACAAUAGAAGUGCAUCUGGAUGGAGGGUAAUUCAGUCACAGGAUUAGCUGGAAAAACUAACACAAACAUAUUAUACUUCUCAAAGGGACCUAUUUUACUGUUUUUACUGCUGCAGAAUCCAUUAUUUUCUGUUCAUAUUGAAUAAGAAUGAUAUGGAAAAUGAAGAGCACAUUUAAGCUUUUGAGUUUACUGAAAUGUUUAUAUAAUGGCAACAAACUGAUUCAGUCUUUGAACAUUGAGGUGGACUCGGCUGGCCUCAGUGCUACUUCCAUGUGUUCACGUUGUAAUAAAUGUUGCUGAAAUUAUAAAUCAGCUUCUAAAAUGAUUCCCUCCCUGUUCAGAGAAAAUGUGUAGUUUUCUUUGCCUAAGUGUGAGAUGUUUGUAUUGCUGAGCACAUGCAGCAAUACAUACUGGUGUUAUUGAAUUGAUAAUGUGCUAAUGGCUGUUGACAGAAUGGGAUUUGUGCCAUAUGUUUGUCAUUUUUUCAGGGACUUGAAAAGGGGAAAAGCUUCAAGUUGUUGUGGUUGUAGCAGAACUACCACACCCACCAAGGUGGGACUCCUAAUUUAUUCUGUGAUGAGAGCACCACCUUGUGGACUUGUUGGCAAUUAAAAAAAACAAAACAAAAUGAAUCUAAUCAGGAUGUCUCUUUGAUUGUGUAUUCGUGGAUGUUGUGAAUCAGACUUUAGAUUCGAGUGCUGUCUACAUCAAACAUUGAGUGUUAUGUUUAUAAAUUUUCUUUAAUCCAGGGCUUGUAUGCAAUCUACCAAUCACGAAUCAACACAUAUGUGUUGGCACUUGCUGUAACAGAACUUUUUCUUUUUUUUCUUUUUUUUUUUUUAAGUAAAAUGAAUUAACCAGUUGCUUUUAAUUAUAGCAUUUCAAAAUGUAAUAAACUGUAUCAGCAUU